AUGUCUUCGGGGGGUCAGCGCAUCGAGUCUAGUUUAGAAUCUGGCUCUAGAUCCGAACAGGAAAACUCUGGGAGCUCUAGCUCCUCUCCCGAGGUAUCUUCGAGAUCCGACACCCAAUCGGAUCGAGGAGAAUCUCCGCUGGUUGAAUUAGCAGAUCGGGCUCGUUCUAAUGGAGCAUCUCCGCGAGGUGACGCUACGACGGAACUUCAAAUAGUUCCUUUCGAGGUGGACCGACGUGAUGGGGAGGCUUCUGAGCACGUCGAAGAUGAGGUCGACGAAGGGGGUGAGGAAGAAGAUGGGCAAGGUGAGGAAAAAGAUCAAAGUGGGGAAGUCAGACCUCGACGUAAAGGUUCCAAGCGUAAGGGGGCCAUCGGGAAUCGACUAGCUCACAUUCCAUCGCAGAUGAUGGCUCAACGCCUCGAAGAAUUUCGGCUGCGGUACGGUUUUCGCGGUGAGUUGAUGGCACCGGGACCUGAAGAUCGACCAUGGCAUGCACCGGUGGGUUGGGUCAUGCUCUACGAAGCGUGGUUCAGCCUUUGUCAUCUCUGGAUGCCUCUGCCGAGGUUGUUGACGGAUUACGUCCAUCGUCGAGGCAUCGGGUUCUCACAAAUCCUUCCGGCUGGAAUUCGGUUCAUGGUUGCGGCCCUAUUAUUUGGGAGCGAGGUCGGGGUCGAUGUGGACUGGCGUUUCUUCGAGGAGAUGACUACGGUUCAGAAAAACAACUCGAUCCCGGGCACCUAUACGAUAAAGGCUAGGAAAGACUGUUCCUUGGUUUAUCCCGUCAACAGGACGCCAAGCUGGGAGGCGUCUUUCUUUUUCGCUAAAGUGGAUGAGGCACUGGUCGUCGAUACGACCAGAAAUUUUAGGAAUGAGUGGAGUCAUAGCAUCGAUCGAAACGUCCAACUCGAGGCUUUCCCGGAGAAUUUCCACGUGAAUAUUCAGAAGAUUAGGGCUGUUGGGAUACAGCACUGGCCCGAUAUCCAUCGCCGAAGAGUCGAGGCUGCCAUUUCUCGUAUUACAAACGCUAGUUGGAGAAGAGAAAAUUCUCUAAGGGAGAGAGCGAUUGCGAUGGCUCCAGUUCAAGUCAACGCGCCCAGUCUUGCUGCGAGGCUCAGGGCCAGUCGCAGCAGCGGGGGAAAUAGAAGUCGGGAAUCUCCCGCUCAACCGGGUCGUUUGACCCAAGUUACUGCACCUCGAGUUAGUGAGGUCGAGGCUCGUCGAGAUAGCGGUCCUGCUGAAUGUCGCGCUCAAUCGGCAGAGCCUGAGGUGGGGGCUCAAGAGGAAGGUCAGCUCGUCGCCGAGGGGCCUGAUGAAGCUGCGAGGCGUGCCAGAAAGGAGGCGAAGAAGCAGAAGAGAAGAGAGAAGAAGAAGAAGGAUGAGGUCGAGACCGCCCAGCUCGCCGAGGAGGUGAAUCAACCCGAUGUCGCUGAGUCGGCGGCGAAGGAUGAAUCGAGGAAGAGACCCUCUGGCGAGGUGGUUGUAGACGGUGAUCCCGAGGAACCGGAAAAAAGGUCGAAGGUUGGCCCCACCGGCGACGGUAAGGCUCCGGAGGUCGAUUGGAGCUUCAAAUUUGAUUAUCCUGAAUCCGGGGUGCCUCUUGUCAAUAAUGCUGACAAAUGUGCCGAGCUCUUCGGACUGAUAAAGGGGUCUACCUCCGAGGUUCCCGCUGCUGAUGACGCGGUCUUUAAGGACAUGGCGGGCUAUGCCUUCAAGUUCAUCGCGAGCUGUAACCGCGCGCGUGGUCGAUAUCAUCGAACACUUCGAGCUGCUGCUACGAAGCUUUGUAAUGCUCAGUCCGCUGGGCAGAGGGCUGUGGAAGAGCGCGACGCUGCGUUUGCUCGACGAAAGUUAGCUGAAGAGAAGUGGCAGGUCGAAAAAAGACGCUCCGAGCAAUUGGAAGAAGGUGUGAAGACGCUGACUGACAAGAUCGAAGAGCUGAAAGUGGAAAAUCAGGAUCUGAUCAGCAACCUGCAAACGGUCAACGAAGCGAAGCUCCAGGCUGAGAAAGUGGUUGCAUCCGAAGUGGCUCGCGUCAAGCGUCAUGCCGAGGAGAAGAUAGAAUCCGAGACUACUCGGAUUUGGGUAGAUGCGGAGAACAAGUUCUCGGGUCGCAUAGAUCGAUUGAGGACCUUUAUCGCUGAACAGGAGGCCAUCGUGAAGGUGAAGUUAGAACUUGUUCAGGCUCGAGGUACUCUUGAGUGCCUUGAUCUCUUGAAGGACAAAGAGAUGACCGAAGUCGAGUUGCGGGCCGAUCUCGAGGCGACCAUGCGCGAUUGCGAGCUGAAACUUGAAGGACUUCGGUUAUCUGAUCUUCAGGAAGGCGACAUGCCCCCGCAAUACCCCGAGACUCCGGACGGUGGUUCCACUCAUGACGAGGCUGAGGAUCAGGAGCAUCAUGAGGAUGAAGAGGACCGCGAGGGUGGCAAUCAGCCUGACGAGUAG